CCAAAUGCAAUUUCAGUUCAAAAAAGAACCAUGUCAUCUGUAGAGAGUAAAGCUUGUUCUGAGCUGUUAAAGAAGCUGAAAUGGGGACAGAAGGAUCUGAAGAGAAGCCUGCAUACAUUGGCGGGUGAUGAUGCACUGAGAACACGAAAACAGCAGCUAACAAGACGCCAUCUUGCUGAGAAGUCGAUCAAUAGUGUGAGGGACUUGUCAACGAAGAGAGCUAGGUUGGAACUGCUGUCACCUAGCACAGAACCAAGGGGUACAGGAAAGCACCCCAGACGAUUAUCCUCCACCCCCAAGAAACGUGAUGGACCACUCGUUGCAUUCUCAGCACCUGAAGUUGAUUCAUCUCUAGAGGAAGCAAUAUUGUAUCAACCCUCACACCCUCGCACACAACCACCCACUCAUCACCUACCAUCACCCCGACUGAGCCGAGUUACCGUGGAUACCAGCCGAAGCUUACGAGACUCUUCCCUUUCACGAAGCGUCCUCCGUAGUUCCACUCACAAGAGCAAAUCGAAGACCCCUGUAAAACGUGGACUGAGUGUUAGUUUUGUUGAUGGGAACAAAUUGAGAACUCCGAAGAAAACUAGCAAGAGAUUGUCAGAAAAAGAGAAAGGUGAAAGUUUAGUGGACUCUCUAAAUGCCUCAAAACACGGAGCAUUGGAUUUGACACUGUCACAACGUAAACGCAAGUUCCCUCGGAUGUAUGCCGGUGAUGAUCCAAAGCUGGGCUAUGAUUGGAUCGCAGGACUUAUCGACGCCAGUGACACCUACCUGAGUGAGAGAGAUGACGAGUAUUUCCGAGAUAUGAAGGAGUUCAGGAGAGUCAACUGCUCAGAGUGCUACAAACCAAGGGAGGGAAUGCUACCAGACCGUGUUGAUAAUCCUGUACCAGGACACAGCUACAGUAGCACUACUUCAAACGACCACAGAGAAGAACCCAGCGCCAACUGCACUACAUGUGUGAGGAGCUAUUCUCUCAACAAUCGACUCUUUCCGAUACCAAGACAGACGACCUCUGACCUUGUGACAGAGGGAGGGUAUGGUCACCUGGAGAGCUCCUGCCCUGUGUGCGAGGACAAGCACUCUGACUCAAAAUCACCCGUCAGAUUCAUACGGGUGAGUGUCCCCAAGAGGACUCUACAAAGCUCCUAUCAACUGAGGCCCCAUCGCAGGAGAAGCUUUGACCCCAACGACUCCAUGGGACUCAGCAAGCAUUGUCUGGUGGGGUGGGAGUCAGCCAAGCCAUCCAUGGUCCCCCCACAACCCAGUGUUGGACUCAGAGAUGCCGUCGGGAAAAAGCAUCUCUCAAGUGUGGAUCUGCUUAACACUUCACAUACAGUUGAGUACAACUUGAGAUCAAGAGCCAUCAAAUAAACACUUACAAGUAUUAUGGACACAAACUUCAUGCAUGCAUGUACUUGCAUGUUUUGUAACAGAUACACAUCAUUAAUUUUAACAUGUAUACCGAAAAAAUGUUAUUGAAAUCA